UCACAACAUUAGUUACUAUUACAGAGUAAUAGGAGAUAACUUAUAUAAAGCAGCUUGUAGAAACAACAGUUCAAACAAUACACUAAAAAUGAAGGUUCUGUUUGUAGUUACUCUGGUGACAUGCAUCUACGCAUUAGAAGAGGGUCGCGUGAGAGGUUUUGGUUCUGACUCUUUUGAUGAAAUCACUUCUGAAGUUGAGAAAGCUAGACUGAACUUACCAGACCCUUUCGUCAUAGAUGAACUGAGCUACGUAUUGCCUGCCAAUCAACUAGGUCGCAUCUUUUCGGGGAACAUUGGCAUCAAGAACCUUGUCCUAGCCGGUAUGAAGGGCUUUAAAUUCAAGGCUUCAACCUUCCCUCCGCUUAUCGAUUUCCACUUGCCCCAUGCAAAGCUUGAUGUAGAUUAUAACUUGGAUUUGGCAGCAUUCGGCGUAGCAUCAUUAAAGGUCAAUGGAAAUGGACACUUUUCCAUCGAACUUUUUGAUGUGGACCUGAAAGUUGAUAUUAAUCCAACCAUCUUCCAAGGUCCCAAAGAGAGUCUUAAAGACAUCAAGGUUGGCUUGAAAAACGCUAAAGUCUCUUUGACUGGUCUACUGAACGAUGAAGAACUCAGCAAAGCAAUUACAAAAUGGGCGAACGAGAACAUCAUGAAGAUCUUCAAGCAACAAGUGAAGAAUAUUGUUAUUUUGAUAAAGGACUUCCUCAAUGCCGUUUUACCACACUACUUCAAACUCAUGAAUAACAGUUAAAAAUGCACAAUGAGUAUCACAGGUUUAGGAUUUUCUCCUGAUAUCGAUACAGGGUUACCAUUAAUUCUAUGUUGAAUCGUCAUGCUAGGAAAUAAAGGUUAUUUUAUUCACCUGUAUGUAAUUUUCAUGGCAGAAAUAUUGUUACUUGUCGUUCAAAUAACACACGAAUAUACAUUUUUUAUACUACAUAU